GCGGGCAUUUCCCCUCUAUAUAUUCCUCAGAGCUGCAUCCCAUCCUGUUACUCAGUCCAACCUAGAAAGCACUGGCAGGCGUCCUUUUUUUGUUUUUGUUUUUUUGCGCUCAGCAGCAUGGAAGUGACCAAAGGAGAGGACGGGUCGGCGGAACAGGCAGCGUCUUUAUUUGGGACACGAGAGGUGGAGAGUCAGAGGAGCAAGAAUGAGAAUAAAAGGAGUACCCGCCGUAAAAUCAUUAUUGGGGUUCUGCUGCUGUGUUUACUGGUGGUUAUCCUGGCUGUGGCGUUUUUUCUGAGAAAGGAGAAAGGAUCAGGAGGGGAGGUCUGGCUGGGAGAGCCCUUUCAGGAAGUCAGUCAGCCACAGUGUCCUUCUGGAUUUUCAAGGCCUCCUCUCAUCCUGGUGUCUUUGGACGGUUUCCGGGCAGAGUAUCUGAAAGAACAUGCGAGUCACAUGCCUGUUAUCAACAAGUUACGAAAUAAUGGAACUACAACGGCAUACCUGAGGCCUGUUUAUCCCUCAAAGACCUUUCCCAACCACUACACCAUUGUGACUGGUCUUUAUCCCGAGUCUCAUGGGAUUGUGGACAACAAGAUGUACGAUGUGAAACGAAAUGCUUUCUUCAGCUUGAAAACGGAUGAGAAAUUUAAGCCCCAGUGGUAUCAAGGAGAACCAGUCUGGCUCACGGCCAUCUAUCAGAAGCUGAAAUCAGCAACUUUCUUCUGGCCAGGCUCUGAUGUAGCCAUCAAUGGCACCUUCCCAAGUUUUUACAAGAUGUAUGAAAAGUCUGUUGCAUUUGAGAAGAGAGUGUCAACACUGCUUGACUGGCUCAAUUUACCUGAGGGAGAAAGACCUGACUUCUACACUUUAUACCUGGAUGAACCUGAUUCAACAGGACAUUUCUAUGGGCCAGAAAGUACGCAGGUCGUUUGGGCCUUGGAAAAGGUGGACAGGAUUCUGGGCAUGCUGAUGGAUGGCCUAAAAGCAAAAAACCUGCACAAUUGUGUCAACAUAAUAGUCGCAUCUGACCACGGCAUGGAGAGUGCUUCAUGCGAAAGGGCAUCAUAUGUGUCAGAUUUCCAGAAAGACACCUCUGGUUUCACUGUAAUCCAAGGCCCAGCUGCUCGCAUCAGACCAAGUCGCCUCCCACAGGAUUACUCUUCCUUUGACUAUGAGGGCCUGGUGAAGAACUUGUCGUGCAGGACUGGUGACCAGCCAAUGAGGCCGUACCUCAAAGAAAACCUUCCCAAAAGAAUGCACUUCGCUAAAAACAUCCGCAUAGAGAGGGCUCACCUCUAUAUGAAGUCAGGCUGGCAAGCAGCACUUAAACACGGUGAUAUCAAGUAUUGCACUGGCGGAUUCCAUGGCUCUGAUAACCUCUUCACCAACAUGCAGGCAAUCUUCAUUGGCUACGGUCCAGCAUUUAAACACAGCACAGUUGUGCCAACUUUUGAAAACAUUGAAUUAUAUAACCUCAUGUGUGAUCUUCUUGGCAUUCGUCCUGCUCCAAACAACGGGACCCACGGUAGUCUGAACCACCUCCUGAAGCGCCCUGUCCAUAAUCCAGUUCUCCCAGCACAGCUCUCCCACGACAUCCCCUGUGACUCUAAUGACUUCUUCCCCUCUGACAACCUGCAGUGCACUUGUGAAUCCCAAACCACAGAAAUGGUGGAACAAAUGAACAGAAAUCUCUUGGCAUUGAGCUCAAGUGAGAAAUCCAGCUUGCGUCGCCUCCACGAACCUUUUGGCAUCCCUCGAGUCAUCCAAUCAGGUGCCACAUUUUGUCUGCUGCACCACUUAAACUACCUCAGCGGAUACAGCAAAGACCGGCUCAUGCCCCUCUGGGUAUCCUAUACCAUUCAGCCUCUGGCCAGAGUGCAGCCUCUGAGCCCGGAGUUGGAGGCGUGUGUCCGUGCUGACGUACGCAUCCCAGCAAACAACAGCCAGCAGUGUCUGCGCUACAAAGACAACUCUGAUCUUGCCUAUGGCCUGCUGCAUCCCCCCAAUCUGAGUGCCAAUGUUUCAGACUCUCUAAUCACGAGCAACAUGGCACCGAUGUUCCCUGCAUUUAAAGCUGUUUGGACGCAUUUCCAUGACGUCCUCCUCCCAAAAUAUUCACAGCAGCUGAACGGAGUCAACGUCAUGAGUGGGCCAAUAUUCGAUAAAGACUAUGAUGGACACGUCGAUGAAUUAAAAACGAUAUCAGGGAACGAGGCUCCCAUCCCGACACAUUUCUUUGUGAUCCUGACCAGCUGCAGGAACGCGAACUUUGGCCCUCUGAACUGUGCAGGUCCACUCCAGGCCAGGUCCUUCAUCAUGCCCCACAGGCCCGACCACACAGAGAGCUGUGCUAAUGGGAUGGACUUGACGUGGGUGGAAGACUGGCUGAAGCUUCACACCGCUCGAGUGCGAGACAUCGAGCUCCUUACCGGACUCAGCUUCUACCACGACAGGUUAUCAGUGGAAGAGACACUGCGGAUGAAGACAUUUCUACAGACUUAUUAAACUCACAGACUUUAUCAAGUGAAGCUUUAACUGGCAGAGGAAGCCAUAUUGGUGUGCAGAUGUCAGCCCACAUGGACAAACGGUUAACCCGAUAACUGUGGGUUUAACAGAUGCUUUACUUAUAGACUUCCCUGAUUUCAGACUGAAUUCAUUCUUAAGCUCCAUCCAUUAUUUGAAGUGACAUUUUUAAAAGAAAGUUUUAUUGAUUUUGUUUCUGCACAAAAUAAAAAAAUAAAUAAUGAAUGGAGCUUAAAGAUGCCAUCACAUCUAAUAAAAUGAUUCCAAAGUAUUCUCAUGUCCAGAUUGGAAAACGGGAAUAAAACUAAAGGGAAAAGAGAGUUUUUAUUGAUGGAAGAACUGUUUAUGUUGAGUGAAGCUUGCCACACAUCAGGGGAGCUGUCUGCAGCAGCUGGAAAAACAUCUAACAUGAAUACCUUUUGCUCUUCUUUUUUUGUAUGUUUUUUUUUUCUUUUUACACCCAUUGGUAUUUUUUGUCUUUUGUAAAAUGAAUGAAUUGUUCAGCUUUUAAAUGUGCGCCUAUGCUGUAUGCUUGGAAGGAUUACUGUAUGAGACACGUUUGAGCCAGUCUGGGCUCAGACACGUAAAAGACUUUUCUUUCUCCAACACAGGAGCGACACAGAGAGACAUAAAGCAACUGCAAAGAACACUGAAAGCAAAGUUUACGUUUAGCAAGGGUCCCUGGUGUUGUAUACUAAAAUAGCUGUUAAAUAUAUCACAGGUCAUGUGAACUGUGUAGUGUGCGGUCUUGUGGUUAACACAUUCGCAUAGUCACAAGCUAGCGCUGGUCCCAAGCCCAGAUAAAGGGUAUCCAGCAUAAAGUUUUUGCCAAACUAAACAUGGCGAUCCAUCCACCCUGGCGAGGCUUUUAUAAGAGAGCAGCCUGAUGUACCUUCUUCUAGAAGCAGCAGAUGUGAAGCUGUAAUAACUGUUGAUCACGUGAGGCAGCUGUUUUUUAUUAUUCUGGUGCUCGGUGUUAGUGGUAAACAGAAUUUAUUGAUGUUUUUUCUUUUUCACAGAUAAGAAAAAUUCGGAUCUGGAAAAUUAUUUAAGAUUAUUUUGUUUCUAUUCUGUCUUUUUUUGGAUUCUUUCUGGUUGUUUUGUGUCUUUCAUUCCAUUUUGUAACCUCAUUGAAGUGAUUUUACAUCCCUGUUGUCAUUUUGUUCCUCCACGGACAUUUGGUGACUUUUUCCUGGGAAGAUGAAUUUUCAGGCAGCCGCUAAACUUCAGCGUUUAGCUGGAGAUGAAGAGAAGCUGUGUGAGCUCAGUAGGCCCGUUCAUUAAUCCGUCCGUGACUGUGUGCAUCUGAAUGUGUGGAUCAUUAUUCAGUCUUUGAUUUUUCAUCUUCGCGUACUGCUCGUAUAUGAAGUCAUAUAGAUUUCAUGUAUACCAAGCCUUUUCUAUUGGUUGCUGCAGUUUUUCGCACAUGAAAAAUUUCAUAUAAAAAACAAAC